CGGCUAAGAGUGUCACUUUUAGUCACAAACCUCCCCAGAGGCCAAUGGGCAUUUUCGUCCUCAUCGCCAUCCUCGACAUCGCCAGCGACCUUCGAUUCCGACGACAAGCCUCCGCAGCUGCGCCCGUCUGGCGUCCCGGUGCCGCGUGCUGAGGGGAGCCGACAAUUGACAACAACAAGGAGACGCAAAGAGAGGGGGGCUUCGACACACACGACGAGAGAGGCUGGCCGGACAGCGACGCCCAACCAUAUCCCGGCAGUUCGCUGUGCCUUAUUUUUCGGGGCGCUGCUGCGACGCCACACAUUCCAGAGUCGGUGAGGCAGGCUCUCGAGUUCCCGACGCCGCCUGGCAGAUAUCGCAAUGGGUCGACGGGAUCAUGACGAGGAGCGGCCAAAGGUGCUCGAGUCGAUGAAGCGCCGCACCAGCUCGGGCACCAGCGCUGGCAGCCGGACCAGCCCUAGCGCAUUCCAUCGCCGAGUCAGCAACCAGAGCCAGAGCACUCGCAGCACCAGCAGCGCCACCAGACGAGACAGCCUCGCCGGGUCCGAGACGCCGCCGCCGCUGAUGCGGUCAAGUCCCAGCGUCGGGUCCUCCAGCUAUGCAUUUUCGGGGAGCAGCGUCCUGAGCCCCCUGCGAAGGGAGCUGGACGUCUCCCGCAGCCGCGAGGGCGACGUGCGGGCCGGCAAGCUGGAGCUGGCGAGACGCCUCAGCAUGCUGGCACAGCGUCUGACGUACGGCGACAGCAUGGAAGAGCUCAUGGCGCUGGACAGCCAGGUCAACCAGAUCGAGCAGGCCCUCGGCGGCGGCAUCAGCACAGGCAGCAUCUAUGGGAGCCCGCCGCUGUCGCGAAAGCCUCGCCCGCUGAAUCUGGAGACACCCGUGCGCAAGAACAGAAACAGCGACAUGGACAGCAGCGCCAUUUUCAGCUCACCGUCAUCUCUGUUCCGCAAUCGCUUUCCCGACCAAAUGUCACCCACGCCCUCGUCAUCCAUCAUGUAUCAUGAUCGCCAUGACGAGUCGGAGGAAGAAGAGGCCCCGCCACCGAAAAGCGGAAUGACGGCGGCGCAGUCCAACAAGAUCAUUGGAGAGUUGAUAAAGCUGAAUGAAGAGCUCGACACCGUGGUGACCAAUCUCACAGCCCGCCAGGAAGAGUCCGACCACAUUCAUAGGUUGUUGGUUGAACGGGCUGAGCGUGCUGCCCAACGUAUCAUUUUCCUGCAGAAUCGCAUUACUUAUUUGGAAGACGAACUGCAGGAAAACGACAACGAGCUAACAAAUCUCCGCGUCUGCCUCAAAGCUGUCGAGAUUCAGUUACCACCCCAUCCAGACAAAGAAUUACUGCGAUCCUUUUCCGUCUUCAAGGAAGGCUAUAGGGCCUAUAAGAGGAAGCGUGCCCUUCGUUCUGCUAGGGUUAGCAACCUGGGUUACGAUUCUUCAAUUGCCUCCUCUUCAUCAGCGAGGUGAACGCUGCCUAUAAUUCCACGAGUAUGACUAAAAAUAAGAUUGCCGCCGCCGCCAUCAAUCAGCGGCGCUCUCACGAUAUUCGAAGUCGUCUACCACCAGAGAAUUAUGGGAAGCGAUCCGACCAGGACUGACUUACGAUAAUGACGCAAGGCAACGGCGUUUUCUUUUGUUUGGAUGGAGCGAAAUGAUAAAACGGGCGAUGACGACUAUGCUUUUCUUUUUCCACGAUAUGAUUCACGAGACAUCGAUUUUACCAACCCUCCCCCCAGCCCUUGCUACGGCCUAUUUCAUUUUCGGUUGAUGCAUCUUUGUUUUUCUUGAGGAUUUGAGUGCAUCCCUAUCUCCUUUUCAUUAUGGGCUGGGGCAAAUUUUGGAACAUGACAGACUGAUUAUAUUUGCCCCCCUUUCUCUUUUCUGAACCUGC